GUUUGUUUCUUGACUUGGAAUUUCGGAAAUCAGAUGAAAGACCGUUCUGUCUUCCGUUUAGUGUUUUGGCAUAAUGAAAUGGGUGCAAUUUCAUAAUUAAAAAUGUGAUAUAGUUCCAUUCAUUCGUUCAUUUUAUAUAUAUAUAACAUCUAGAACAGUGGAAAGAUAGAAGUAAUUGUGUUAAUAUUGCGCAGAAGUCUUAACUUAGAUACUUUUAUAAAUAAAAUGUGUUACGCUGUUUCGGGUUCGAAGCCUACCAUACUACAAUAAUUUAUAUUUAAGACUCAGAAUGACAGAAAAACUUAAGGAAUUGAUUAUUGACGAAAUUGCGUGGAAAUCUAUAAAAAAUAACGGUCUCGAUAUUGAAUAUUCUACCGAAUGGCCUGGAACACUUGCAUCUGCCAUUAUAAAAGAAGUCGAUGGAACGCUGGAAUAUUUUACAGGAGAUUUAGCCAAAAUUAAGGUAUUCGGAAAAAUAUAUCCUCUACCUCGACAGCAAGUGGCUUUCGGAGAUCCAGGAAUAACUUACAAGUAUUCAAAUCUCACUGUUCCUGCUCUACCAUGGCCGGAUUCAAUUCUAGCAUUGCGAAAUUUCAUUUUCAAACUCAAGGGCAUCAAAUACAACUUCGUUUUGGUUAAUAAGUAUAGAAAUGGAAAUGACCAUAUGGGCGAACAUCGAGACAAUGAACCUGAAUUGGACCCUACAGUUCCAAUUGCGUCCCUAUCUUUCGGUGAAGAGAGAACGUUUGUACUAAAGCACAGGGAUGCAAGAAAAUCUGGUCGAAAUAAAAAGCUAAUACCUCCGGUUUCUAUUACCCUGGAGCACGGAAGUGUAUUACUAAUGAAUCCACCUACCAAUGAAUUUUGGUACCACAGUUUGCCAAAGGGGAAAAAAAUACAGGGGCCAAGGAUUAAUUUAACCUUUUGAAAAAUACGAUAG